AUCAGCAGAGAAGAGAGAAGAUUCUCCUGCACUGGAACUCACAUUCAAACCAGCUUUAUUUCAGCCACGAAGUAAAGCACGUCAGUCUCAGGGGCAUGAUGUCUCUGGGGCUCAGCAGCAACAUCAGCAACAAUGAUACCUGUGAGAUCCAGGAUGGAGUCCUGUCCCUCUACCUGCCCAUCAGUUAUGCCAUCAUUUGCUGUUUCGGGCUCCUCAGCAACACCAUCAGCGUCUUUGUUUUCUUCAUACGACGCCACGAGGACAGCUCCACGGCUGUGUAUAUGCGUCAUCUGACGCUCGCUGACUCGCUCCUGGUCCUGUGUUUGCCCCUGAGGGUCUUCUAUCAUUACAAACAAGGUCCUUAUUUCCUGUGCAAAUUAGUGGGCGUGUUCUUCUACAUCAACAUGUACGCCAGCAUCUCCUUCCUCAGCCUGAUCAGCUUGGACCGCUACCUGAAGAUCAUCAAGCCGGUUUGGGUCUUCCGUGUGCAAAAGGUGCUGUGGAGCCGCAUCGCCUGCUACAUCAUCUGGGCGGCUCUUUUUACAGUGACCACUCUGUUUUUUGUCAAUAACAAGCACAAUAAUCCGUGCGACAAGAUCUGCUUCCAUUUCCACAAAAAGGGGCUGCUACCAGGGAGCAUCAACCUGGCCGUGGUGGUGCUCUUUGGGGGCUUGUGCCUGGUUUUCAUUGUUUCCUACGUGAAGAUCGCGCUGAAACUCAGAACCGUAGAGAUGGGGAAAGGUGAUCCGAACGGAGAAAAUCGCAAAAAACAUCUGAUCCUGAAAACGUUCCUGGUGCCUGUGAUAUUCACACUCUGCUUUCUACCGUACCAUUUGGUCAGAGUGCCUUACGUCCUGGCCCAGAUGGAUGUGAUUAAGGAGGUGGAAAACAAGCAGAUGUUGCACACCUGGAAUGAAAACACACUGCUUCUGUCUGCACUCAACAGCUGCCUGGAUCCUAUCAUUUAUUACUUUUUGUCCAGCAUAUACAGGAAGACGAUCCUAUGUGCCAUCCAGGGCAAAUUUAAAACCAUGUACGACUUAAACAGAAGACGAAUUAGUAUUAAUCGAUCGAUCACAGAAAUUUAGCACAAAACAAGGACUUAUUAUUUACAGCACUCAAAAUCAAGUGCGUUGUUUUUUUAGAGACACAGGCAUGUUUCUUUUGUUUCUAUGCAGCAAACUCAGUAAUGUAGAUAUGAAGAUUUACUUUGACCAAACAAAUCUAUAAAUGUCCAGAUUAUUUUCAUUGAGGACUUUAAAACUCGCCAAAGAUGUUCUUCACUAGUUGGAGAUUGUGAUCCAGUUCAUCUCAGAGCAGUUCAGUAGGAUUGAGGUGCAGUGACUGUGUAGGU